AUGAAUGGUAACACUACUGAUAAGGAUGAAUCCAAGGCAAUGAUCCUUUUGCUUGGAUUGAGAAGAGGUGGUAAAUCUUCCAUUUGUAAAGUUCUUUUCCAUAAUAUGCAACCCUUAGACACACUUUACUUGGAGUCAACAUCGAACCCCACCAUGGAACAUUUUUCUACGCUGAUUGAUUUAGCAGUCAUGGAGUUACCAGGUCAAUUGAAUUAUUUUGAACCAAGCUAUGAUUCUGAGAGACUUUUCAAAAGUGUUGGUGGAUUAGUUUACGUUAUUGAUUCUCAAGAUGAAUAUAUGAAUGCAAUCACCAAUCUAGCGAUGAUUAUAGAAUAUGCGUACAAAGUUAACCCUACCAUAAACAUUGAAGUCUUGAUCCAUAAAGUCGAUGGGUUGAGUGAAGAUUUCAAAAUUGAUGCACAACGUGAUAUAAUGCAACGCACAGGUGAAGAGUUACUUGAAUUAGGAUUAGAUGGUGUACAAGUAUCAUUUUAUCUGACAUCCAUUUUCGACCACUCCAUUUACGAGGCAUUCUCUAGAAUUGUUCAAAAAUUAAUACCAGAGUUAUCAUUUUUGGAGAAUAUGUUAGAUAACUUGAUUCAGCAUUCCAAGAUUGAAAAGGCGUUUCUAUUUGAUAUCAAUUCCAAAAUUUAUGUUUCCACAGAUUCUAGUCCCGUGGAUAUUCAAAUGUAUGAAGUUUGUGCAGAGUUUGUUGACGUUACCAUUGAUCUUUUUGAUUUGUACAAAAGUUCACAGCAAGUGGAUAGGAACGGUAAAGCCAUUCAAGCACGUCCUCGUGAACUGAAAAAUGUGUCACAAUUGGGUAAUGGUGUGAUACUUUAUUUAAGACAGAUGAUUCGUGGAUUAGCUUUAGUUGCUGUGAUUAGACCUAACGGAUCUGAUAUGGAGAGUUGUUUGACUGUUGCUGAUUACAAUGUUGAUAUUUUUAAGAAGGGUUUAGAGGAAAUUUGGGCUAAUUCAAGAAUUUCUACAUAG